AUGGCUUGGGAGAGAGGGAGCGGCCAGCUCCAUUAUUCUGUGCCGGAGGAAUCCCAGCAUGGCACCUUUGUGGGCCGCAUUGCCCAGGAUCUGGGACUGGAGGUGGAUGAGCUGGUGCCUCGGCUGUUCCGGAUGGAGUCUCAAAGCCAAGGGGACUAUUUAGAGGUAAAUGUUCAGAAUGGGAUUUUGUUUGUUAACUCUCGAAUAGACAGGGAGGAGCUGUGUGGCAAAAACCCUUUGUGUGCCAUUCACCUGGAGGUGAUUGUGGACAAACCUCUGAGGGUCUUUCAUAUUGAGGUGGAGAUCAAGGACAUAAAUGAUAAUGCUCCUACAUUUCCUCAAAUAGAACAAAAUGUCUUUAUUUCAGAAAUGAGAAUGCCUGGAUCAUUUUUCCCUCUGGAGGGAGCUUCUGAUGCAGAUAUCGGUUCAAAUUCUCACCUCACCUAUACACUCAGCCCCAGUGAAUACUUUAGUCUAGAUGUUCAGAGGAAACAUGAUGAAAGUCAAUCACUAGCACUCCUUUUAAAAACCUCUCUAGACAGAGAGGUGGGAGCUAAGCAUCGUUUGCUGCUCACAGCCAUCGACGGGGGGAAGCCAGAGCUCAGUGGCACAGCACAGCUGGUGAUUUCUGUCCUUGACGAAAAUGACAAUGCACCUACCUUUAAUCAGUCAGUUUAUAAAGUCCAAAUGGCAGAGGAUGUUCUAAGUGGGACAUUAGUGGUCAAAUUGAAUGCCACAGAUAUGGAUGAGGGAAUCAAUAAGGAGAUUACAUACUCAUUUCAGAAUCGUGUGCCUGUUAAAUUAAAAAAUAUAUUUGCCUUAGAUUCUGUUAAUGGGGAAAUAAGAACAAAAGAAAAAUUAGACUUUGAGGAAAAUCACCAAUAUGAGAUUCAGGUACAAGCUAGCGACAAAGGGAGCAAUCCAAUGACAGGAUAUUGCAGUGUUGUGGUUGAAGUGCUAGAUGUCAAUGACAAUGCCCCUGAGAUGUCAUUAAAAUCUCUCCUGGUGCCAGUGCCAGAGAAUUCCCUGCCUGGAAUGGUGGUGGCCCUGAUCAGUGUCUCAGAUCAGGAUUCUGGGGCCAAUGGACAAAUAAGCUGCUUCCUGCACCCCCCCGAACUUCCCUUCAAGCUGGCGUCCACCUUCAAGAAUUACUACUCUCUGGUAGUGUCUGAGCCUCUGGAUCGGGAGCAAGUGGCUGAGUACAGGCUGCUUGUAACAGCUCAAGACCAAGGGACUCCAUCGCUGUCAGCCACCAGCAGCCUGGUGGUGCCCAUUGGUGACGUGAAUGACAAUGCGCCCACUUUCGCACAGCCAUCUUACACAGUCUUUGUGAAGGAGAACAACCCGCCUGGUGCUCACAUCUUCACAGUGUCUGCUUCAGACCCAGAUGUGGCUGAGAACUCCUUGGUUAGCUACUGGAUGGAUGAGAAGCUCUGGCCCUUGACAAGCUACAUCUCGGUGCACUCAGAGAGUGGGAAGGUCUAUGCCUUGCAGCCCUUGGACUAUGAGGAGCUGAAGCUGCUGGAGUUCCAAGUGAGGGCCAAGGAUGCUGGGCUGCCCUCCUUGUGUGGAAAUGUGACUAUUCAGGUCUUUGUGGUUGAUGAGAAUGACAACGCACCUGCAGUGUCUGGGAUGGCAGAAGAAAACCCAGUUCUGCUAGUGAUCCCUGUGAUGGCUGGGCAUAUAGUGGGGAAAAUACAAGCCCUGGAUGCUGACUCAGGCUACAAUGCAUGGCUACGGUAUGAAAUGCAUGAGGGGAGUAGUGGUCUUUGGCGAGUUGGGCGGUACAGUGGAGAGAUCAGCACUACACGUGUCCUUGAUGAGGGAGAGGUUAGUGGUAGCAGCCAGAAUCUGCUGGUCUUGGUGAAGGACCAUGGGAAUCCAAUGUUGUCAGCCACUGCUACAUUGAGUGUGACACUGGUGGCAAGCACCCAGCUCACCCGUACUGAUGUUCACCUUCCAAGAACAGGAGGUAACCCAAAGCCUCUUGUAGGCAGUGCCAACAUCUAUCUAAUCAUUGCCAUCUGCUCAGUGUCCAGCUUGUUUCUGCUUGCAAUCAUAAUAUACACUGUCCUGCGAUGCCAGUCCCAAGCAAAGGAGGCUAUGAUAUAUGGCCCUGGCACAGCCACCCUCGUAUGUGCCAGUGAAGUGGGUAGCUGGUCAUAUUCAAAUCGUCAUAGCCAUAUCCUGGCGGGUGUGAGUGGUGAAGCUGGCAUCAAAAGUGACCUCAUGGUUUUCAGCCCCAACAUUCCUCCUCUGCAAGGCAGUGAGAAACAGGAACAAAUGCUUGGUGAUUCAUCAGCGCAGGUGAGUAAUACAUUCUGA